GGACUUGCUUGUCUUGAUGCUUAUGCUUUGAGGAUAAAGAGAAACCUUCAGAGUCCUGUGUUGGUGAGCCUGUUUGUUGUUGGUGACUGGAUAAAAACAAGUUUUGGAUGUUGCGGGCUGGAUGCAUAUGUUGAUUUGUUUUCAGAUGGAAGAAAGCUUUGUUACUGCUACUUAUAGAUAUGUCCCAUUCUGCAUUAGCUUUUGUUGGAAAGACACUUUUUAUUGAACUUCUCAUUAAAAUUGUUCUCCUCUUUUUGUUUUGCUUCCCUUUUCUUUUUCUUCAUUUUUUUUUCUUUUUUGUAAGGGAGUUUCUUUGGCUCUGGGAACACAUGUACUAUAUAUGGGUCUAGGCCCCUAUAUCACAUAGGGCAUCAAGGACCUGGCUUCUGAUAGCAUGUCACAAAGACCAAGGACUUUUCCAGCCCAUCCAGUCUUCUAUAAUUAUUGGUGACCGCCACUCUAUCACUUGCAGCAGCAUGUUCAUCAGCUGGGAUAAUGGUACUCUAUGCGAAGGACUUGAAUUUUUGCAGACCGUAAUCAUCCUUGUGUUGGCAUUAACCGUGCUGAAGUGAAGAUCAGAACUCCUAGACCCUAGUGUUAAGUUGACGAGUGUCACGGUUGAGAACCUGAAAAUAGUCACUGGGGCGACACCUUCCCAUAACAUGACUACUCGCCCAGAUUGUCGUGAAUAAUAACUUUGGUCACUUCAAAUUCGACAACACCACGGCCGCUGUAUUCUAUCGGGGUAGCCCGGGCUAAGGCUAGAAAGACGAAAAGGAUGAAUGUCACGAACUCACGUUGUAACUGACCUCCGACCAGUUUACAGUCGCAGACGGUUUGUACAGAUUAUAUAUAGUAGUUAGUCAGUUAGCUACGGUUAGUUAGUCUGUUAGUACAGCUGUUAAGUUGUUGUACAAGUUGGUUAAUUUGUUAGAUUAGUUGAGCCAGAGUUUACUUCUUGUAUAAAUAGUCAUCUUGUAUCUUCUGUCUUCUAGUUUUCUUCUCCUCCAGAAUUUUAUAUGGUAUCAGAGCAAAUCGAUCCAGAUCUGCCUGUAUUUGGUUCUGUGUCGGCUGAAAGAAUGGAAGUCAUUAAAGAUCCAGCGGUGUUGGUUGCAUCUCAAACUGGAACUGCAACUGUACACAAGGAAACGACAAGUACCUUUAAUGGAGAUCCAAUGGCUUUGGCAAACUUGGAUCAUCCAAGAAUGCAACUUGUCAUGAUUCCUUUGACAGAUAACAACUAUUUGUCUUGGAGUAGAUUGAUUAAGAUAGCCCUAGGAGCUAAGGUGAAGCUCGAAUUCAUCGAUGGAAGGUGUGUAAUGCCAGAAGAAGAUUCUGCUGAUUAUGAUCAAUGGAUUCGUGUGGAUUGUAUGAUUAGAUCAUGGAUCUUGAACUCUAUUUCUAAGGAAAUAGUGGAAGCUUUUCUCUAUGCAUCAACUGCUAGAGAACUUUGGUUGGAAUUGGAAGAGAGAUUUGGUGAAUCUAAUGGACCGCAGAUUUACCGGAUUCAAAGAGAAAUAAGUGCUAUUUCUCAAGGAAGUCAGUUAGUGGUGAAGUACUUCACAAAGCUGAAGAAGUUGUGGGAUGAAUUGGUCUGUAUGCAGCCAAUACCACAAUGUACUUGUAAGAAUUGUACAUGUGGUGUUGCGAAGAAUGUUUCAGAUCUUGCUUGUUCUAAUAGGCUAAUGCAGUUUUUAAUGGGCCUUAGUGAUGAUUUUGAUCAUGUGAGGAACCAGAUCUUGAUGAUGGAGCCCUUGCCUUCAGUCAACAAGGCUUAUUCAAUGAUCUUGCGAGUUGAGAAGCAAUGAGAGGUUCAUCUUAACUUGGCUGAGAAAGUUGAGAACUCAACAAUGUUUGUGAAAGCACCUAUGGGAAGAGGAUCUGGUGCCGGGAGAGGAAUUCAUAAGAAGUCAAAUUAUAAUGACAAAAAGAAUGAGAAAUAUGAGAAGUUGUCUUGUGAUCACUGUAACAUGGGCGGUCAUACUAAGGAUACAUGCUUCAAAUUGCAUGGUUAUCCAGAAUGGUAUAAGGAACUUAAAGAGCAACGAGGCAAGGUUACAAGAGGAAGAAAUAUGGCAAAAAUGGCUGAUAAUCCUUUGGAUGUUAACAUGGACCGUGCGGCUGAAAAACAACUGAUCAACAAGUGUAUUUGUCAGAGAUGAUUCAGCAGGAAUUGUCGAAGAUGAUGAAGGGAAAGGCUGCUUUUGAAGGCAAUCAUGUUAACUUCACACAUAUUGAGGAUUUUGCUGGUAAAAACUCUAGUAUUGCUUUCCAUUUUGCUUUACAUUCAUUUGAUAAUUUGGAUUGUGGAACAUGGAUAGUGGACACGGGUGCAUCAAACCACAUGUGCAGUAACCCCAAACUACCUCAUAAACCAAAACCAGUAUCACAAAUUACUCCAGUUUUCUUACCUGACGGAUCUGUUAAACUUGUUCAUCAAAUAGGUGAUGUGCAUCUUAGCCCUAAACUGACCUUGACCAAUGCACUUUAUGUCCCUAGUUUCAAUUUUAACCUUCUUUCAGUAAGAAAGCUUUCCAAGACUGCACAAAUUAAAUUUGUAUUUCUUUCUGACAUAUGUA